CUCCUUCUGAACCAACACUCACCGUCAGAGUUGCAGGUGAUACUAACGAAGAUAUUCCAUUCCACACAGAUGUUGGAGACAUAGUGUCUCUUUUCGCACUAGGCGAAUCAGCUGAAGGCGGGGAGAGCCUAUUAGCGAGUAGCUGGAGAGUUUAUAACGAGCUUGCUAGAACUAGGCCUGAUAUAAUCCAGGUUCUGGCCAGUGACUGGCCAAUCCCGAGGUUCUUCCAAACAGGAGGGUGCUUUCAUCCACCGGCCUCUGAUGUUCCACCAGAAUUCAUCGGGAACAACACCGGAGAGACUGUUGAUCAAUUUUUCAAGAAGAUGGCCGAGGCGCUUGAUUCCCUCCACUUCUUGGCUGAAAGGUUCCACAUAUCCAUGAAGCUUCAGAAGGGAGACAUGCAGUUCUUCAAUAAUUUAAGCAUCCUACAUGCUCGAAGAGGCUACAACGAUGGACCUCAGCAGAAACGACAUUUCUUGCGACUAUGGCUGAAGGAUCCGGAGAACGCAUGGCCGAUGCCGAAACAGCUUCAGCAGAAAUGGGACGGUGUUUAUAGCGAAGAAGAAUCGCGAGGACCACAAGUAUUUCCGCUAUAUCCUUACACGACUGUAUAG